CAUGCGUCUCACUUUACUCCUCAGCCUUUGAAAACUCAGAGAGCUCAAUUAAAAGACCAUGUCCGCCAUCGGGCGUCUGCUGUCCUCGGUGUCCUUAUUUAAACCAAAUUCUCCAUGAAAUAGCAUUGUCCCGUGGCCUCCACAAUGGCCAGUUCGGGUGCCGUUCAGGUGAAACUGGAACUCGGUCAUCGUGCCCAGGUCCGAAAGAAACCCACGGUGGAAGGUUUUACGCACGACUGGAUGGUGUUUGUCCGCGGACCAGAGCACAGCAACAUUCAGCAUUUUGUGGAGAAAGUCGUAUUUCAUCUACACGAAAGUUUCCCGAGACCAAAAAGAGUUUGCAAGGAUCCACCAUAUAAAGUUGAAGAGUCUGGAUACGCUGGAUUUAUCUUGCCUAUUGAAGUUUACUUUAAAAAUAAGGAGGAACCAAAAAAAGUGCGCUUUGACUACGAUUUGUUCCUGCACUUGGAGGGUCACCCACCUGUCAAUCAUCUCCGCUGUGAAAAGCUCACGUUCAACAACCCUACUGAAGAGUUUCGCAGGAAGCUGCUCAAGGCUGGAGGGCAACGGGACCCUCACAAAAGAUCUUCAGAAGACUCUAAAGUAAUGGUAAUGCAGGAGGGCUCUACUUCUCUGUUUGGGCAGCAUCUAAAGCUGCCCACAUUACCCAGCAGUUCAUUAACAUUGACCUUCUCUGAUGUGAAAAAGAACAAGUCUUUCCCAGGAUCAAAGGACGGGUCGAAAAGCAGCAGUGCUCUUACAACCACAAACAAUAUCAGCAGCAGCUCCCUCAAACUCCACAGACCAUCUAAGGACCAUAAGGACAAGCCUUCUAAAGACUCAAAAGAGUCCAAAAGUGCCUUCAGAGAUUUCAGCAAGGACUCUGGAAAACUCUGUAAAGAUUCUAAAAAACCCAAAGAGAAUCAGCCAAUUCAGGAAGACCGCCCCAUUCCGCAAAUGGGAUUCAAGGAGCCCAAGACCACAUUGAAGGAGCAACGUUCAUCGGAGGGUAGCUUCUCAAGCUUGGGACAGAGUAAACGGCGGCCUGUGUUGGACAGUGAAGGCCAUGUUACCAAAAAACAGAAAAGCAGUUUUUCAGAGAGCUCGCAAAAGCAGCAAGCAAGUCCUAACUUGCUACAGCAUCUCCAUUCGGAUAAAAAGAUUUUGAAAGACAAGCCGCAAGUCCGGCAUAGUAGGUUACAAAACUGUCAACUUUCAGAGAAGAGAAAACCGUCAGCAUUACCACCCUUCCAGGAUGUGUUGGACCCGAAUGACUCUGACAUGGAUGAUAACACAUUCACAAGAUCAGAUUCAGAUCAGCCCAGUCCAGCCAGCUCCGGUUCCAGUUCGAGCUCCAGCUUUGGACGCGCACACAAACGGCAAGUAUUGGGUCCUUUGCGGUCGGUGAUCCCAGAUAUGCAUUCAGAUGAAAACGAAGAGGAUUCAGAAGAGGAGGACGAUAAUGACAUGGACUCGGACAUGGAGCGACCUUUACACAUGCAGAUGACGCAUCGCCACCGCAGGGUGAGUUUAAGUGACGGCAGUGACAGUGAAAAUAGCUCUGCCUCUUCACCACUGCCCCAUAAUGACCCCCAACCUCUACUGAAAACCGCCAAUAAUCAGAUACUUGAGGUGAAGAGUCCGAUGAAACAAGCAAAGAUGGACAAAAAUAAAAACAUUGACUGUGACAAGGCAUACUUGGAUGAGCUGGUUGAGCUUCACAGAAGACUAAUGGCACUAAGGGAAAGGCACAUAUUACAGCAGAUUGUGAACCUCAUUGAGGAAACGGGACACUUUCACAUCACAAACACAACUUUUGACUUUGACCUCUGCUCUCUGGACAAAACCACAGUUCGGAAGCUGCAAAGCUACCUGGAGACUUCUGGAUCAUCUUGAAGACUUGUGCAGCUGGCUGCCAUGAGGAGGAAUAUCACACCUUCCUUUUUUCCUCCUUUUGUUUUUUCUCCUAAAUUGAAACUUGUAAGGCAAUGGAAAAGAUCCGCUUUCAUCUCCUCUCGUCUCUCGAAAGGCCUCAGAAAUUGAAAACAUUAUUACAUGAGUCUGGAGAUCCUUUCGCUUCACCUGGACUUCACCCAAAAAGCCUUGAUAAUCCGACAUUGCCAAAAAAUGUUCUUGCUCCGAAACAGAAUACAUUUGUGUAUAUUGUAUGAAUGUUUGAUAAGUUUUUUGUGAUGAAUGCAUGUUUCAACACUGCCUUACCACAUUGUCUAUUUAUUGAGUAUGAGUUUCAAGUGUGUGUGUGUGUGUGUGUGUGUGUAAGUGCAAAUGAUAUUAAACUUGUGCAAGCACUUGGGAACAUCA